CUCGGGAUUUGGCGGCGGCGGCUCGGCCCGGCCGGCCGGACGCUGAUGGAACGGCCGCGAUGUUCGCUCCCCGGCUGCUGGAUUUCCAGAAGACCAAGUACGCGAGGUUCAUGAACCACCGAGUCCCCGCCCACAAGAGGUACCAGCCCACGGAGUACGAACAUGCCGCCAACUGUGCCACCCACGCUCUCUGGAUCAUUCCCAGCAUCCUCGGCAGCUCCAACCUCUACUUCCUGUCGGACGAUGACUGGGAGACCAUUUCUGCCUGGAUCUACGGCCUCGGGCUCUGCGGGCUCUUUGUGGUGUCCACCGUGUUCCACACGAUCUCCUGGAAGAAGAGCCACCUCAGGAUGGUGGAACACUGCCUGCACAUGGUCGACCGCAUGGUCAUCUAUUUCUUCAUCGCCGCCUCCUACGCGCCCUGGCUGAACCUUCGGGAGCUGGGCCCCUGGGCCUCCCACAUGCGCUGGCUGGUGUGGAUCAUGGCCUCUGUCGGCACUGUCUACGUCUUCUUCUUCCACGAGCGGUACAAGCUGGUGGAGCUGCUCUGCUAUAUCGUUAUGGGCUUUUUCCCCGCCCUUGUCAUCCUUUCCAUGCCCAACACCGAGGGCCUCUGGGAGCUGGUGACCGGAGGGGCUUUCUACUGCUUGGGCAUGGUGUUCUUCAAGAGUGACGGGAGGAUCCCCUUUGCCCACGCCAUCUGGCAUCUCUUUGUGGCAUUUGGUGCUGGUACCCACUACUAUGCCAUUUGGAGGUAUCUCUACCUGCCCAGCACCCUGCAGGCCAAGGUGUCCAAAUGAGGUGGCCCAGACUACACGGGACAUUUGGCCUUUUGGAGCAGAGCAUCACGGGAAGUGUUUCUGCGAACUUUAGCCCAGAGCACAGCGCCCAGCCCGUCUGCCUGCCCAGGGGUAGAGCUUUUGAUGGGUCCGAGGUUAUUUCUGGCGACAGCCAAACCCUCCCUCGGGUCCCAGGUGAGAAAGAAAGCAUUUAGUCAUUUUUACAGAGGAGGAAUUAACCCCGUAAUGUGUUUCUAUUCUAGACGAGUGUUUCCUAAUACAACCGACAUUAACGUCUUCAGAAAAGGGAGCAGACGCUGUUCUGGCAAAUUGGGGAAAGAGGGGGCAAUAUGUGUUUCUUAAGGUCCUGCGAGAUCUAUCAGGGAGGCUGGCGGGUUGUUUAUACCCAACUGGGCAGGGCCUCCUUCUCUGCUACCAAAGUCCUGGCUGGGGAAUUGUCCCCCGCUCAGGGAAGGUCCCCAGCUUGCAGAUCAGGGAGGGUGAAUACCCGCGACCAUGGCAGACAUCACCAAUCAACUGCAGCACUGUGUGGUCUCAGAAUUCUUCUCAAGACGUGCUCUGGGCAGACAUGACCAAUCGCUCGGCACUCAUGAUGGAACUUCUUAGCCUUUGCUGCCUGGUGUGCUCUGCAGGGAUCCCAGCCAGACCAGCUAAAUGUCUCCACGUGGGGGAGCAUGCUUAUCUCCCGACACGACGCCUCCACCCCCUCUCCCUUGUCCCUUUGGCAGAAGCUCCUGGAGUGGGCGGUUUGGGGGCAGCAGAGGAGGACCGAGGCACACACCCCGAGCAACCCCUGACCUUCUGCUCCACCAUAGCUGGUCCUCAGGGCAGAGGUGGAGCGAGUGACGGAGAUGGCAAUGGGGACGCUGUUACUUGGCCCUUUCUUCUCAUGCCGAAAAAUCCAGAGAAAUUAUGAGAGCUGUAUGUUAGAGGGGCAGGCAGAUCCCGGGAGGGUGCUUGCCUGCCCCAGAUUUAGGGUUGUGAUGGCAACAUUCAGAUUCUCAUUGGUGCCAAUCAGUGGCCCUUCCGGCCUCUUCAGCUGAACCCCAGAGGGAAGAUCUUGGCUGAUUCGAUACUGGGCACAGCGUUGGGGUACGCCAGCCUCUGAAGCCCCCAGUAGCCCAACGACAAGGCUUCCAGGGGCUUGUCCUCACAGCCCCCUCCCAGGGCCGGGCCAGCUGCUCUGUCCCCGGCACGUGGACAUUCACUGGGGAGGGGACCAGGCCCGGCUCCGGGAUCUGAACUGGAAUCUCAGAGUGUCCGGAUCAAGGAUCUAUCUCAAGUUAGAUGGGCGUCAUUCUGCAACUCCCAACCGGAGUCGAAUGGGCAGAGACAAGGUGCCUUAUGCUUAGUUCUAGUACAUUCCAGGCUAUUUCAGGGCUCCAGAACCUGGAAUCCCACGUGUGCAAGCUGGUGUGAAAGCAUCUGACACGUUCCUCAGAGAGGCGGGUUCUGAGUUGGCAGAUGCCUCGGGGAGGUUUAGUCCUCUUGCCCGUGUGUGUGCACGUGUCUCUCUGUCUGUCUACACUGGCACUCCCAGCCGCUGGAAGCUGCCUCUGGUCUGCCCGCCCUGCGGAGAUCACCAAGUAUUUCCCAUCAGUUGGGGUCAGGGUUGGAGGUCAGGGGUCUGUCGGUGGGAGGCUGGGGAAGGGCUUGCCCCUGGUUGGGGGCAGGGACACUGCAAGUUGACCUCUGCCAGGGCCUGAGGCAGAGGGAGGGGGCCAUGUGGGUUCUGGGAUGCUGUUUAGGAGGCCCCCCAAAGCAUGGCACCAUGCCAGGGUUGGGAUGCUAGGUUGUCCCCUGGACAGCCUGCCUUUUUGUGCCCCUGCACCUUUUGAAGUGCCGGUUCACUCCCUCAUCCACCCAGCUCACUCCUAUACAUCCUUCAAAGCCCCAAUCAGGCAUCAGCACUGAGGAACUUCCGGCCUUCCUCUGACUUAGGGGCCCCCCACUGCUUCCCAGCAGCCCCUGUGCUCACUGGCACCUCAGCUUGGAGCCCUGUCUUUCGUCACCUCGGUGCUUGUGCCCGUCCCCCAAGCCAGGAACUCCUGGAGGGAGGAGCUGUGUCUUGCUCGACCUGGGAUCAAAUCUGCAUCCUCCGUUUGUGAGGGCUUGGGCUGAUUCCUUACCCUCUCUGUGCCUCAGUGUCCCAAGCUGUAAGAUGGGUACAGUGAGGCAACGCUACACAAGGGAUGCUCGAAGAUGCAGCACGACAGUGAGUGGGGGACACCCAGCCGGCUCCUGAUUCACUCCCUUAGUUGUCCACUUGGAAAGCAACCCUUGAUAAUGAGGACGACACUCUUCCAGGGGUGUCAGAAAGCCUGCUCCGCACAAAGGAAUGAAUCACUAAUGGUGGAAUUUCCGACUGUGGACAGGCUGGUGAGGAUACUGGAGGGUGUUCUGUAGGGCCUUGAUCACAUUCCUUCCCCUCAUUCCAACUCAGGACAGGUCUCCCAGAAUCCUCUCUCCUCCCCAGCGUCCUUCUGAAAGCCAGUUGGCUAGGGUUCCAUUUCACCCAGGCCCAGACCCUGGACCUCCUCCACAUACAUCACAAACAGUGCAGGAAAGGAAAAUGUGUUCCUUGACCCGGUCCCUUCCGAGGCCAGGCCCUGCCCCAGGGACGUUCUAGGCUGUGUGCUGGGCGUGUGGGGUGGAGAGGGCACGACCCUGGAAAUUUGGACGCCAGCUCCCUCUUCCUGUCCAUCCUUGAGGCCAUCACAUGCCAGGAUGACCCAGCAAAGUGGCCGUCAUGCCCCAAGGAGCCGGGGGCGGUCGGCAGCAGCCUGGCCUGUUUGACAUUCCAGACACUUCGGUGGCUGCUCCCGAGUUGGGGUCGCUGCCAGGGUGGGGUGAGGGAUGGGAGCUGGUGAGAGAGGAAGGUGGGAGCAGGUCGGGGCAGGGGUCCGUCAGCGGGCUCACACGCCGGUGACAGUGAUGCGUCCCCGAUGCACGGCCGCGCUGGCGGGCAGGCCUGGAGUGGACGGCCUCAUCCUUAGUCCAUCAGCCUUGGCGGGGCAAGCCGGAGCUUGCUGGCUGAGGCCUGUGUGUCGCCCGGUGGGAUUUCCCUGAAAGGGUCCAAGCAGAAGGCCUGGGCCGUCCCAGGGUCCAGGAGCCCCCAGCCCUGGGAGGGAUUUAGAUCAGUAUUACAGACCAGAGCUAGCUUUCUCUCUUGAUCGGAAAUCGCACUUAGGGUGGGGGCAGGGCGAGCAUCCUUCUCUCCAGCAGCGUCCGUCGGGCUCAGGCUGGGGAGCAUCCUAGGAAAGCCCUGGGAGUGGGGCGGGGGAUGCAGAGAUGGGAAGAACCAGUGGGCCUGGCCCUGCUGGUCGAAAGCUCCCUUGGUCGUAGGUGGGGGUCACUGCAGGGCACUGGUUUGGGGGGGGGGGACUGAAGGCAGGAUAAUAGCCACAGGCCUGGGUUUUCUGGGGUUUGGACUCCAAACUCUCUUUUCAUGUCCGUCUGCAAAACCAACGUGCUCCGCGUGUUUCCCCACAGCUCUGCACGAGCCCCGGCAUCUGGGCUCGGUCCUCCACUGGGUGGUGGGGGGGGAUGGGGGACGGCUCGGGCCGACUUCCUGCACUGCAGCUGCUCAGAGGGGCAGGCAGAGCUCAGGGGGCUGGGAGAGGGGUCCGAGAGCUGGUCCAAAAGGCAGUUGUCGAAUUUGCCGCCACAUCCUGUGCAACCAGAUGUUGGGGACAGCAUCAUGGGGUCCCAAAAGAGCUGUAGGAAAUUCAAGCAGCCACUUCCCUAGGAGCACACCUUCGCAGGUGUCCUCCCAGGUGUGGUGCACGGCAGGUGCGAGGGGCAGGAGCAGGAAGCCAGGGAGGUAGAAGCUCGCCUGUGUGGCGCUCCUCCUGGGGGCCCUCUCUGUGCGAGACUGGCUUUAUAAAAGCUCCAGCCAUUGACUGACACAGCCCCCCGUGGGGUGAGGAUUACCAGCUGAUCUUGCAAAGCAGGAAGCCACAGCACAGAGAGGUUUGGCCACUCUCCCAAGGGCACCCAGCUUCUAACCGGCAGAGCAAAACUUUGAAGCCAGGACUAUCUAGCGCCCAAGUGUCGUGUCCCUUGGCCACAUCUGUGGCUUCCAAGGAAACUCACUGCCCCCAGGGUCUUUCCUCCAGGGAGGAAAGCCAGCUCAAAAAUUUUAGUGGUAAAAAAAACCCAAAGCCUGGUGUGCAGCAUUUGCCAGGUCCCGUGUCGUCAAUACCCCCACAGUGGCCACCGGAGUGACAUCACUGAAGAUGGCUUGGGAAGAGACGCACACCGUUGGCCUCCGCAAGCCGUGCCAGCCAGGCCGAGGACAUUGCUGCCCCACCGCCCUCCCGACUGUGCCCCACGCGGAGCCUGGCUGGUACUAUCAGGCAUGUAACCGCAGUGAGAACAAACCGUCGCCGAAGGGUCCUCAUUCGGGGUCAGGCCUGUCACCGAGAGGCGUGGAAACUUCAUCUGGGAGUCUGGAAUCUGGAGCCAGUCGGACCUGAUCCAAGUCCAGCCCUGUGCUGGCCAGCCCGCGAGAUGCCCAGACAAGUCCUUCAGCCACUCCGUGCCUCAGUUUCCCCACCUGUGACAUGGAGACUGUGAUCAGUGCGUGGAACCCCUGUCUCUUGCUAACUGCAGGGCGGAGGCCCCGUCUCCACUGGAGGAGGUGGGAGUGGGGUUCCUGACCCUGGGGUUUGGCCAGAGAACCCCAAAGGGGUUUGUUGAACGAGUUCCUGCCCCCCUUGGGAGUGCUGAGCCAGCAGGCCAAGGGGCACUUGGGGUCUGGACUUUAGCAAGCUCCCGGGCACGUCAGAUGCUGGUUCUGGAAGCCCCAGCCCGGAGCUUGUCUACUUUAAGGGCGUGCCCUGCACGUGAGUGGCGGGUUCCUGAGUCAGUCUCCAGAGGACAGAGUGCGUGUCCAGGGCCGGGACCUAACGCUUCUCUUGGUUGGCACUUCCUCUUUUCCACUCAGUGUCCUAGACCCACACAACAUGCCCCCCCCCCACCCCACCCGGAGCAGCCUGUGUUUAUACACAAGGCCAUUCCUUAAUCUUUCCAAUCACUCUGUGAGGUAGGGAGGAUCCCAUUUGACUGCUUUGGAGAUUAAAGCUCAGAGAGGUUAAGUAACUUGUCCAAGGGCACACAGCGGGUAAGGGGCAGGCGUGUGCUCUCCCCCACUCUACUGUCUGUUUCCUAAAGCAAUGCAUUUGAGGGUUCCCAGCCCACAGCUGUGAGCAGCUGAGAUGAAGGGGGGUGCUCCACAUUUCUGCUUUGGCGGUUCCUGUGCUCUGAGGGUUUUAGCAAAGCUGUGAGGCCUGUUUCAAGAGCCCCGUGUUCAGGCCAGUGUUGGGCAGGGCCACGCCCAUCUGGCAGGGGCUCCCAUCCCCGCUUUCACAGGAGAACCAUUUGGGAGAUGGUGUAGCCGGGGGGGCUCCCAGUGGCGGGGUGGCUGGGAGGAGUCAGGUGCAGGCGGCUCUUUAGAUCAAAGUCAAUUAAAAUUAAAUAAAAAUAAAAAUUCAGUGCCGCAGUCACGCCAGCCACAUUGUAAAUGCUCACUGGCCACGUGGGGCCGGCAGCCGCCUCUUUGAACAGCACAGAUAAGGACCGUUGCCGUCAUCACUGAAGUUCCAUUGGACGACGCUGGCGGGUUGGUGCUUCUCAAACUUUGUGGUCCUGGAACCCCUUUGGACUCUUAAAAAUUGUUGAGGAACCAAAGAACUUUUGUUUGUGGACUGUGUCUGUGAACGCUGAUCACGCACGAAACGAAAACUGGCAGCAUUCUAAAAUACCUUUUAAUUCAUCUCAAGAUAAACCCACACGUAUUUUUCUAUUAAAAAUGAUGAUAUUUUUCCAAACGAAAAAAGACAUAAGGGGAAGAGUGGCCUUGUUUUGUGUUUUUGCCAGUCUCUCGAGUGUCUGGCUUCAUGAAGGCGACCUGGUUCUCCAGACUGCUUUCACCUUUGGCCUGUUGUGGGGUCACCUGUCUCUCGCGCAAGCUCUGGAAAGCUUUGCUGUGCAUGUAUGGAAGCACCGAGAGGGAAAAAGACAAGCAAGGUCACAGCAGCGUUAGGAAGAUAGUUUGGCUUCGUGGACCCCUCCAAAGGGCCUUGGGGAUCCCCGGGGCCCGGACCAAAGGCUGUUGAGAACCACUGAUCUCGAGUUUUCCCCUUAUUAUAACUGGUAACCCCCAUUGAUGGUGGUCACCGUCGACCAGGACUAUCCCUGUGUCGGCCGAACCUGGAGAGCUGGGCAGGACUGGGAGGCGGGGGGCGGGAGCAGAGGUCCCGGAGACCCUCUGGCUGUUGAGGGCGGGCACUGUGUCUGCGUUGACCCCUGUCGCUCCCAGGGCCCAGCAGAGUCGCCAGCACGUGGCGGGUGCUCACGCAGAUUUGUGGAAGGAGCGGAGGAGGGGCGUGGUCUUGGCGUGGUCCCCACCUCCGCCUCCUCCUCCUCCGAGGUCGGGAGAGCUCACAUGGGAGCCUCUUGUAAGUGUAGGCCCCUCUCAUCCGGGGUCAGAAAGAGGCCAGUUCACAACCGUGGGCUGCUUGGACCCCCCGGCCCCGGCCUUUCCUCUUGGAGACUCUGAGCCUGGGAAGAUGGAGCGGGGUGCCAACGGGAGGCUCCAGGGUUCGUGUUUCCCAACUCGGGAUUGUAGUGAGCCUUGUCUCUGCCCAGAGUGGGUCCGCAGCGUGGAUGCUCGGUGGUGAACCGUGGCCAGUCCUGGAAGUAGAGGAUGAAUGAGACAGGGCUGAGGACAAAGGGACAAAGUCUGUGUGGUGCGAAGGGUCGGGGUGGCCUCUGUAGAGGGACCCUGAGACUUGUCAAGGCCUGUCUGUAGGCUGAGGGCGUGCAUAGCCAGGUGACUGGCAAGGGGGUUUGUCUUCUUAAAUAUGUGUAGUUGUUUUUUUUCUUUUCCUGCGGAAGAUUGGCCCUGAGCUAACAUCUGUUGUUAAUCUUCCUCUUUUUGCCUAAG